GGCUGUGUCUGCGGGAGGGCGGUUACUUGGGUACAAAAUACCCAAAUAAAGGUAUGUGGGGUACGAAGAGGAGCAGGUGAGGAGCGCGGCGGCGGCAGAGGCCGGGGCUCAAGGGGUGCCCUGAAAUCUCCUCCGCUCUCCCAGGACGCAGAGGAGGAAUUUCUCUCCCCGUCCUUUGGCUCUGGAUCCUCCCCUUGGCAGCGCCUCUCCCCAGCCCUGCCCGCCCCUUCGCUCCUGGAUAUAUCUCACCCUCCACCAGCAGCUUUUGCUUCGCCAAAAUCCAGCCCCGGCAGCUGAACUUCCUCUUGCUCACGGAUCCAACAUGGCGAAAUGCGGAGCGUGUGGCCCAGGAUACGCAACUCCUCUGGAUGCCAUGAAAGGUCCCCGGGAGGAGAUUGUGUACCUGCCCUGCAUCUACAGGAACACGGGGAUAGACAAGCCCGACUACCUGGCCACUGUGGACGUCAACCCCAAAUCUCCUCACUAUUGUCAGGUGAUCCACCGCCUGCCCAUGCCGAACCUGAGGGACGAGCUGCAUCACUCGGGGUGGAACGCCUGCAGCAGCUGCUUUGGGGAUGCCACAAAGAGCAGGAAUCGUCUGAUUCUACCCAGUCUGAUCUCUUCUUGCAUUUACGUGGUGGAUGUGGGCACAGACUCACGAGCUCCCAGAAUCCAUAAGGUUGUGGAGCCCGUGGACUUGUACUGGAAGGGUAACGUGGCAAACCCUCACACCUCACACUGUCUGGGCACUGGUGAAAUCUUAAUCAGCUGCUUGGGAGACCCUUCUGGCAAUGGAAAAGGUGGCUUCAUUUUGCUGGAUGGAGAGACCUUCGAAGUGAAAGGGAACUGGGAGAACGGGGAGAAGGUGCCUCCCCUGGGCUAUGACUUCUGGUACCAGCCACGACACAACGUCCUGAUGAGCACGGAGUGGGGAGCCCCCAAAGUCUUGGCAAACGGGUUUAACCCAGCCGAUGUGGCGAAAGGGCACUACGGCCGCCGCAUUAACGUGUGGGACUGGAGCACCCACACCUACCUCCAGGCAAUUGACUUGGGGCAGGGCUCCAUUCCUUUGGAGAUCCGGUUCCUCCACAAUCCCGACGCCGCGGAAGGGUUUGUCGGAUGCGCCCUCAGCGGCGCCGUGCAUCGCUUCUACAAGACGGAGAAAGGAGACUGGGCUGCAGAGAAGGUGAUUGAAGUGCCCAGCAAGAAGGUGCAAGGAUGGCUCCUCCCUGACAUGCCUGGUCUUAUCACCGACAUCCUCAUCUCGCUGGAUGACCGGUUCCUGUACUUCAGCAACUGGCUGCACGGGGACAUCCGCCAGUACGACAUCUCCAACACGCGCCAGCCCAAGCUGGUGGGGCAGGUGUUUCUGGGGGGCAGCAUCACCAAAGGUGGGCCUGUGACUGUGGUGGAGGACAAGGAGUUGCAGUGUCAGCCGGAGCCCUUUGUGAUCAAAGGGAAGAGGGUGCCGGGGGGACCCCAGAUGAUCCAGCUGAGCUUGGAUGGGAAGAGACUGUACGUCAGCACCUCCCUCUACAGUGGAUGGGACAAGCAGUUCUACCCAGAUCUUGUCAAGGAAGGCUCUGUUAUGCUGCAGAUUGAUGUGGAUACUGAAAGAGGUGGAUUGAAAGUGAAUAAAAACUUCCUAGUGGAUUUUGGGAAGGAACCUGAUGGGCCUGUCCUGGCUCAUGAGAUCCGUUACCCUGGCGGAGACUGUACCUCUGAUAUCUGGAUGUAAUCGUUGCAUGCAGCUGGUCUCUUAUUUUUCUCUUUCUCCCUCUCUCUCCUCCCUGCCCUCCACUUCUCUUUCAAGUGGGCAAAUUGGUUCAGCUGGAGCUUCAUCUGGCACCAAAAUGUAGAAUCCCAUUAGGGUGAGCCACCAGGGCUUCAUUUUCUGCUCAUUCUGAGCAGCCAAGUGCAUCUCUCCGAAA